CUUCCAAACUCAUUGGAGAAUAUUAUAAAUAAUUUCACUUUUCAUUAUUCACUUGUUUCCGCUUUUUCUUUUUUCCUUUUUUUUUUUUUUUCAACUCAUCCAGAAGUGAGUGAGAGAAAUGGAGUAGACAAGUAGCACUUUCCCAUUAAGACCUCCAUCAAUCAAUCAAAUGCUCAUAUAAAUAAUUAAUAAAGAAAAUUACAUUAAUGUAAAGUUGCAGAAAUUAUGGUGCUUUCCCUUGACUUGUUCCUUUGCUUGCUUUCUUGUGAUUGUGCAGUCCAGUUACACUCAUGGUAAUGGGAAAUGUUAGUGGUAGAGAUGAUGGUGAAGGAGGUUCAGGAGCAAAGAAGAAUGGAAAUGAAGUGGAUAAUGAGCAAUUUAAUUCAGACCCAAUGCUUCACUCCCCUCCACAUAGUCCUAAUGAGUCUUAUCAGCCUCCCUUCCUUUUCCCUCCACAGAUCCCUAUGUUUCCGUGGCUAAGAUCUGCUGAAAUGAUCCAAACUCAAACUCAAAAUGAUAUGUUAAUGCAAAACACUACGCGGUACGAAGAUAUCCGUAGUGAGAAUAACUUGCCAUGGGAAUACAACGAUUCAGGCAGAGCUCCGGAUUUACAGAUCUCUGAGGCUCCCUUGCUCAGACCUGGUCAAAUGAUGCAAAUCCGAAAUGAUCCACUGGUACAAAAGUCUACGCGCUACAAGGGUUUCCACCAAGAGCAGAUGAGAGCAGUGAUGAUAACAUGGUGUUUUGGUGGCAAGCGAGUAGCUAUUACUGGAUCAUGGGACAAUUGGAAGACCAUAGAACCCUUGCACUCUUUGGGUAAAGAUUUCAUUAUCAUGAAGAUGCUCCCAUUUGGUGUUUACCACUACCAAUUCAUUGUUGAUGAGCUGAGGAGAUAUGCUCCAAACUUACCGUGCGAAUUUGAUGAGUCUGGGAAUGCUUAUAACAUUUUGGAUUUGCAGGAGUUUGUUCCAGAAGCUCCUGAAAGCCUUUCAGAGUUCGAAUCUCCACCUUCUCCGAUAUCAAGCUAUGACAGUCAACCACUAAAUGAUGGUGAUUUCAGCAAGCCUCCACCUGAACUGCCUCCACAGCUUCGGACAAAGAUAUUAGAUGAGCAAUCACUUUUUGUUAGGAAUCCCCGGUCCUUGCGAAAGCCUUCUCAUACGCUGCUGAACCAUCUUUACAAGAAAGAUGGCAGUGAUGGUCAGACUGUGGCGCUUUGCUCCACACAUAGAUUUCUUCAAAAAUAUGUGACUGUAGUACUGUACAAAUCCGUGCAUAGGUAAAUCAAAACUUUUAUAACUUAAUGUUCUCAAUGCUGCUUGUUACUGUGUGAUAUUGUUGGCAUAAUGAAAAGGAAAAGGUGGAAAGGUUAUUUUCCAUACGAAUAUGCUCUUUCAGGUCACUUUGGAGGACAUAUUAUAAUUGGAACGAUACAUAUAGAAGAUUAGCAUGACCCUGUGCAAGCAUGACAUGCACAAAUGAAUAAAUGAUCCAAAAUUUAUUACUAAGAAGUUUUGGACUGAACAACAGCCAUGUCUCUUUUAACUGAUAUAAAAGAACCAGUACUCAGAAAUGGUCUGGUUUUGCUUGAGAAAUUCACAACAUAAAUACUCAAAACAAGGGUGUGUUAACAAUAUAUGCUUACAGUAGAAAGCCGAGAAGGCUGAAUUAAAGGUGCAUUUGGAGUAAACCAACAUUGAAAAACCCAGUCUCUCAAUUCUCAAAACUCAUCGAACAGGAACCUUAAUCCAGCCAUUAGCAAAAGCAAUGGCUAAGAUUACAAAGGGUGUUGACAUUCCAAAUAUUAUAAUGUAAGGAAGAGGGGUCUUCAUGGGAUUCUCUCCUUCCCUUUCUCCU